AUGUUUAUAUUGCUGCAAGCCAACCAAGAGCGCGCUCAAAGCGACCUCUCCUUUACGCGCACGUACAUACUAUCGGUAUACGUCUUCCAUCCGUGCAAGACCACAAAGGAGCCAGAAGAAAAGGGGGAGGCAAACUCCCAAAGCAACAAGGAAAAGUGUAGGGCUUCACUUCGCAUCUUCAGCACUAACCGUCUUGCUAAUGCGCACCAACAACACCCCCUUUGUAAUCACGCCAUUCGCGUCGUAAAGAUGCAUUAUCCGCAAUCCAGGCUGGCAUCGGUCAAGGCGGAAACAGGCCCAGGCCGCGAGGUCGUCGCUCAGACGCUCGUCGUCCAUGAUUUUGAACCUGCCGAGAAAAGUCAGACAUGGGGGUAA